GUUGCUCUUCAGGGCACAAUUAAAACCUCUAUAAAAGGCCCAGCUCCCAGCUGUUCAGUACACCUGCCAGCAGUGUCAGCGAGCACUUGACCUCUUCCUCUGGUGAAGUGGGUUUACUUGAAUUUGAAGGAAGAAAAAAAUGUCUCCACUUCUGAGAAGCAUCUUUAAUAUCACUAAAAUUUUCAAUCAAUAUGCCUCACAUGAUUGUGAUGGGACAACACUAAGCAAGAAAGACCUGAAGAAUCUCCUUGAGAGGGAAUUUGGAGAUAUCCUUCGGAGACCACACGACCCAGAAACGGUAGACCUGGUCCUGGAACUUCAGGAUCGCGACCGUGACGGGCUAAUCGAUUUCCAUGAAUUCCUCGCGAUCGUUUUCAAAGUGGCUGCAGCUUGUUACUAUGCUCUCGGCCAGGCCUCAGGGCUAAAUGAGAAGGAAGCCAAGUGUGAGGGAAAGGGAAACCCGUUACAGGAUCGCAGGAGGGAAGACCAAAGGAGAUUCGAGCCCCAGAACAGACAACUAGAAGAACGCAGGCUGAAGAGGCAGGAACUGGAGGAGCUCGCUGAGGAAGAGGAGCUGAGGGAGAAGCAAGUAAGACGUGAGCAGAGGCUGCAAAGGAGAAAACAAGAAGAGUGUGGUGAGGAGGAAGAGCUGCAGCAAAGGCCCAAGGGUCGGGAGCCAGAGGAGCUUCUGAACCGAGAGCAAAGGUUCGAGAGGCAGGAGCAACGAGAGCGACAGCGCCUCCAGGUGGAACAGCAACAGCGGCAAAGAGGAGAGCUGCGCGAGCGCCAGGAAGAAGUGCAGCUCCAAAGGCGGGAGACUCAGGAGCUCCAGAGGGAGAGUCUGGAGGAAGAGCAGCAACUGCAAAAGCAGAGGCGCGGGCGCGAGGAGCGGCUCUUGGAGCAGGAGAGGGGGGAGCAGGAGCUGCGGCGCAAGGAGCAGGAGCUGCUCGAGAGACAGCAGGAGCAGCAGAUCCGCGAGGAGGUGCAGAGCCUUCAAGAAGACCAGGAGAGGCAACGACGCAAGGAAGAGCAGCGCUACGACCAAAACUGGAAGUGGCAGCUAGAGGAGGAAAGCCAGAGACGCCGCUACACACUGUACGCCAAGCCAGCUCAACGGGAGCAGGUGAGGGAGGAAGGGCAGCUGCGGCUUGAAGAGGAGCAGCUGCAGCGGGAAAAGAGGCGUCAGGAGCGAGAAAGGCAGUAUCGGGAAAUGGAGCUGCAGAGGGAGGAAGAGCGACUAAAGCAGGAGGAGGAGCAGGUGCAGAGAGAGGAGCAGCUUCAGAGAGAGAAACGCGAGAAGAGGCGCCAGGAGCCCGAGAAGCAGUAUCUAGAGAAAGUGGAGCUGCGGGAGGAGGAGCAGCUGCAGAGAGAGGAACCCGAGAAGAGGCGCCAGGAGCGCGAGAGGCAGUACCUCGAGAAGGAGGAGCUGCAGCAGCAGGAAGAGCGAUUGCAGAGAGAGAAGGAGCAGCUGCUGAGGGAGGAACGCGAGAAGAGGCGCCAGGAGCGCGAGAGGCAGUAUCUAGAGAAAGUGGAGCUGCAGGAAGAGGAGCAGCUGCAGAGAGAGGAACGCGAGAAGAGGCGCCAGGAGCGUGAGAGGCAGUACCUCGAGAAGGAGGAGCUGCAGCGGCAGGAAGAGCGACUGCAGAGAGAGAAGGAGCAGCUGCAGAGAGAGGAACGCGGGAAGAGGCGCCAGGAGCCCGAGAAGCAGUAUCUAGAGAAAGUGGAGCUGCGGGAGGAGGUGCAGCUGCAGAGAGAGGAACCCGAGAAGAGGCGCCAGGAGCGCGAGAGGCAGUACCUCGAGGAGGAGGAGCUGCAGCGGCAGGAAGAGCGAUUGCAGAGAGAGAAGGAGCAGCUGCUGAGGGAGGAACGCGAGAAGAGGCGCCAGGAGCGCGAGAGGCAGUAUCUAGAGAAAGUGGAGCUGCAGGAAGAGGAGCAGCUGCAGAGAGAGGAACGCGAGAAGAGGCGCCAGGAGCGUGAGAGGCAGUACCUCGAGAAGGAGGAGCUGCAGCGGCAGGAAGAGCGACUGCAGAGAGAGAAGGAGCAGCUGCAGAGAGAGGAACGCGAGAAGAGGCGCCAGGUGCUCGAGAGGAAGUAUCUCGAGGAGGAGGAGCUGCAGCGGGAGGAAGACCGACUGCAGAGAGAGAAGCAGCUGCUGAGAGAGGAACGCGAGAAGAGGCUUCAGGGGCGCGAGAGACAGUAUCUAGAGAAGGUGGAGCUGCAGCGGGAAGAGGAGCAGCUGCAGAGAGAGAAGAGGCGCCAAGAGCGGGAAAGACAAUAUCGGGAAGAGGAGCUGCUGCGGGAAGAAGAGCGACUGCACAGAGAGGAGCAGCAGCUGCAGAGAGAGGAAUGUGAGAAGAGGAGGCGCCAGGAGCUCGAAAGACAGCUAGAGGAGGAGGAGCUGCAGCGCCUGGACAGGAAGAGGCAAUUCCGGGAUGAGGAUCAGCACCAAAAUGAAGUUCGUAAUAACAGGGUUUAUGCCAAACACCGAGACAACAAAGAAAAGAGCUGGCAACUGGAUGAUUCCCGGGUGCGGGAGAGUCGAUUCCAGCAGGAUCGGCGCCCCCUGCAGGAUGAACAAGAAGAGAAAAGAGAACGCGACCAAGAGAGGAGGAGCCGGCAAAAGCGUGACAGGCAAUUCCCAGCUGAACAACUGCUGGAGCGAGAGCAGCAAAAGGAAACCGAAAGGCGAGAUAGGAAAUUCCGAGAGGAAGAAAAGCUGCUGAAAGGGGAAAGAGAGGAGAAAAUACGCUAUCUGGAAGAAGACAGAAAGUUCCGCGAAGAGGAACAGCAGCUGCGCCGCCUGGAACGCGAGCAACAGCUACGUCAGGAGCGAGAUAGAAAAUUCCGCGAGGAAGAACAACUGAGCCGCCAGGAACGAGACAGAAAAUUCCGUGAGGAAGAGCAGCUCCUGCAGGAAAGGGAAGAACAGCUGCGCCGCCAGGAACGCGACAGAAAGUUCCGCGAAGAGGAACAGCAGCUGCGCCUCCUGGAACGCGAGCAAGAGCUACGCCAAGAACGAAACAGAAAAUUACGCGAAGAACAGCUCCUGAGAGAAAGGGAAGAACAGCUGCGCCGCCAGGAACGCGACAGAAAGUUCCGUGAGGAGGAACAGCUCCUGCAGGAAAGAGAACUGCGCCGCCAGGAGCGCGAGCCACAACUUCGCCAGGAACGCGACAGAAAGUUCCGUGAGGAGGAACAGCUCCUGCAGGAAAGAGAAGAACUGCGCCGCCAGGAGCGCGACAGAAAGUUCCGUGAGGAGGAACAGCUCCUGCAGGAAAGAGAACUGCGCCGCCAGGAGCGCGAGCCACAACUUCGCCAGGAACGCGACAGAAAGUUCCGUGAGGAGGAACAGCUCCUGCAGCAAAGAGAAGAACUGCGCCGCCAGGAGCGCGACAGAAAGUUCCGUGAGGAGGACAAGCUCCUGCAGCAAAGAGAACUGCGCCGCCAGGAGCGCGAGCCACAACUUCGCCAGGAACGCGACAGAAAGUUCCGUGAGGAGGAACAGCUCCUGCAAGAACGGGAAGAACAGCUGCGCCGCCAGGAACGCGACAGAAAGUUCCGUGAGGAGGAACAGCUCCUGCAAGAAAGGGAAGAACAGCUGCGCAGCCAGGAGCGCGACAGAAAGUUCCGUGAGGAAGAACAGCUCCUGCAGCAAAGAGAAGAACUGCGCCGCCAGGAACGCGAGCCACAACUUCGCCAGGAACGCGACAGAAAGUUCCGUGAGGAGGAACAGCUCCUGCAAGAACGGGAAGAACAGCUGCGCCGCCAGGAGCGCGACAGAAAGUUCCGUGAGGAGGAACAGCUCCUGCAGCAAAGAGAAGAACUGCGCCGCCAGGAGCGCGACAGAAAGUUCCGUGAGGAAGAACAACUCCUGCAGCAAAGAGAAGAACUGCGCCGCCAGGAACGCGAGCCACAACUUCGCCAGGAACGCGACAGAAAGUUCCGUGAGGAGGAACAGCUCCUGCAAGAAAGGGAAAAACAGCUGCGCAGCCAGAAGCGCGACGGACAGUUCCGUGAGGUAGAACAGCUCCUGCAGCAAAGAGAAGAACUGCGCCGCCAGGAACGCGAGCCACAACUUCGCCAGGAGCGCGACAGAAAGUUCCGAGAAGAAGAACAGCUCCUCCGAGAAAGGGAAGAACAGCAGCUGCGCCGUCAGGAACUUGAGGGGGUCUUCUCCCAGGAGGAACAACUGAGGCGCCCCGAGCAAGAGGAAGAACAGCGACGUCAGAGGCAGAGAGACAGGAAGUUCCUCGAGGAAGAGCAGAGCCUCCAGCGCGAGCGAGAGGAAGAAAAGCGCCGCGUCCAGGAGCAGGACCGGAAGUUCCUCGAGCAAGAAGAGCAGCUGCACCGCGAGGAGCAGGAAGAGCUGAGGCGCCGGCAGCAGCUAGACCAGCAGUACCGGGCGGAGGAGCAGUUUGCUAGGGAGGAGAAGAGGCGUCGUCAGGAACAAGAAUUGAGGCAAGAAGAGCAGAGACUCCGCCAGGAGCGGGAGAGGAAAUUCCGGGAAGAACAGCUCCGCCGCCAGCAGCAGGAGGAGCAGAGGCUUCGCCAAGAGCGCGACGUGCAGCAGAGCCGCCGCCAAGUGUGGGAGGAAGACAAGGGCCGCCGGCAGGUCCUGGAGGCUGGCAAGCGGCAGUUUGCCAGUGCCCCAGUGCGCUCCAGUCCGCUCUACGAGUACAUCCAAGAGCAGAGAUCCCAGUACCGCCCUUAAAGAGAUGCUGCCAAAUCCCGACACCUGCCGAAGUUUCGAGCAAAGGAAAAUGAGAAUCACUGAGUACCAAAUGACUCUGGUUGUGGGAAAACUCUGGUGUUAGAAUAACUUUUUUACAAAAUCUUAAUCUAUACUUUUUCAUGUGCUUUGUACUUCUGCCUUUUAUUCUUUCUUAAAUAGUUCUUUAAAUAGUCUUUGCUCUUUGGUGCAGAUGUGGUGUGCAUUUUUAAAAAACAUAAAAGCCAUUUAAUUUGUUUAAGGAAUUUUGUUUGGGGAACACGUUCAUUCAUUGCUUUCAGAAGUAACAAAAAUGUCCAUUUGAGAUCCAAAAGAAUGGGUCAGCUUUUUUAUUGUUGACCCAUCUUGUAGAGAGCUCAGAUAUUUUUUGUUCAAGUUGAUAUUUCUUUCUGGGCCUAAAUUAUGUUAAUAUUUAUCUCCAAAUAGCCUCCCACUUUUUGUGGCAUAAUUAGCACAGAUUCUGCAAGGGGACUGAAUUUUUCCAAAAACCCCUGAAUAGUGCAGGAGGAAUGGCUUCUCCAGAAAGAGUCACUGAAUUCAGCCCAUAAUUGGAAGAAAUAUCUAUAAGACUUGGAAUUAGAUUUCUUUUACAUUUAACUCCAUAAAUACUUAAAAUAUCAUGAAGCAAAAGCAAGGUGUUUCUCAAACAACUCCAGAGCUCAAACUUUAAAACCAUGUCUGCUGUAGUCUGUAGCAUUCAGUUCCUUUCCCCCAGUCUUGGAUGAGCUUGAGAAUAUUACUGCCUUUGUUAAUUUUAGCUGAGAAGGGACCUGCUCAGGAUCCUGUAAACAUCUGUCUUGCUUUAGAGCCAACAAGAGAUCACAGAGCAUUUGGGGGUGGGGAAAAGGGAAGUUUUGUGGACAGAAGGGCAAGUCCCUAGAGGCCCUUUGACAAGCCCUGGCAGCCCACAAUCCUUUGAGCCCUACUGAUACUACCUUGGAGACAUGUUAAAAUAAUUGGACUGUGUAAAAAAAAAUAAAUAUUUUGGCAAUUA